AUGGACAAGGGGCCCUUCUCGGUGGAGUGGCUGGCCCAGAGCAGCCGCGGCAGAGCCGAGCCCGGCCCCGCGGCCCGCCCGCCGCCUUGCCCGCCCAGCGACGCCAGCAGCCGGGGGAGCCCGGAGACAGCAGCGCUGGGCGCGGAGGGCGCCCCGCCGAGCCCGGCAGACCUCGCCGCCCUCCGGGGCCGGGAGCCGGCACAGCGGAGCAGCCCCGAGCGCAACGCGGAGGUGGGCGGCGGUGGCGGCGUGUCCGGCCGGUCCCGCACCAAGUUCUCGGCCGCGCAGCUGCGGGAGCUGGAGCGGAGCUUCCGCGAGCAGCGCUACAUCGGCGCCAGCGAGAAGCGGCGCCUGGCCGCCGCGCUGAACCUCUCCCAGAGCCAGAUAAAAACCUGGUUUCAGAAUCGUCGUAUGAAGUUCAAACGUCAGACUCAAGAUGCCAGGGUUGAAGCUCUUUUCUCAGGCUUAUUUGUACCCUAUCAUUGUUACCCAGAUAUAGUUACAUCCAGAUAUUCUCAUGGAAUCGAUGUCAGCGUCUCCUCUACCUCUACUGUAACCCUUCACCCAGCUAUGCCAAGCCCUGCCUUGUUGUUACCUCCUGUUCCAUCUCAGUCCCUUGAGCCCAUUCUGCCAAGUUCAGGUUUUGUCUUGCCUUCCAGUCCAGAAUUUUCUUGUUAUUCUUCUGUAAUUCCACCAAUGACUUUAACCAAGGACCAUAAGAGACUGAGGUUCCAGCCAUAUCUUUCUUCUUGUUAA